GGCUACAACAAAGGCAACAAAUGAAGAGAACUCCAGACGACUCUUCCGUAUCUUCUUGGCGAUAAUGUGAAUUGCAGAGCACAAAUGCGGUGGCUUUGCCCAUCAUAUGUCUCGUCAAUUGUUUACUCGAGUCCAAGGCAUUGAAGCAACUAAACAUGGGCGACAACAAAAUGCCUCCUGCUGAUGCAGUGACGGUCCCUGCAGACAGCUACAGGGAGACCCCAUACCUUGAAGCGAACGUCUCUAAAAAUGGGGGUGAAGUCGUGAUAGAUGAAAAGACCUCUCUGCAUAGAGGUCUCAAGUCGCGUCACACUGCUAUGAUUGCUCUUGGUGGUGCUCUCGGCUCCGGCUUGAUUAUCGGUACCGGAUCUGCUCUCGCUAGUGCGGGACCAGCUCCCAUCUUGAUCUGCUACAGCGUGGUUGGAUUUGUUGUCUGGAUCAUGUUGACGGGGUUGUGCGAGAUGGGCACUUACCUGCCAAUUCCCGAAGGCUUUACCGGAUACGCUUCUCGGUUCGUGGAUCCUGCGUUGGGGUUUGCUCUAGGCUGGUCUUACUGGCUCAAGUACUCGAUAUCGACCCCGAAUCAGCUCACAGCCAUUGCUCUGGUCCUCCAAUACUGGGUCCCAGCCGACAAGCUCAACCCCGGUGUUUUUAUCGCUAUAUUCUACGUCGUAAUCAUUCUAAUCAACUACUUUGGCAUCAGAUUCUUCGGCGAAUUCGAAUUCUGGCUCUCAAGUGCAAAAGUACUGACUCUUGUUGGGGUUAUAUUGCUCUCUUUGAUUCUUGCUUGUGGAGGAGGACCGGAUCAUGAUGCGAAGGGGUUCCGAUACUGGCACAAACCGGGCGCAUUCAAGGAGUUUGACGCGGAUGGUGCACUGGGCCGGUUUUUGGGAGUCUGGAAUACUAUGGGUACAGCUGCUUUUGCGUAUUUGUCCACUGAAUUCAUCGGUGUCACUGUCGGAGAGGCACAAAAUCCACGAGAGUCAAUUCCGCGUGCUGCUCGACUGAUCUUUUAUCGCAUUAUAUUCCUUUACGUCCUCAGUGUCUUCUUCGUUGGUAUGUUGGUUCCAUACAACUCAAAGGAACUCGCAUUCGCCACUAAGCAGUCCACCUCGGCUGCUGCAUCGCCGUUUGUUGUUGCCAUAGUGUUGGCGGGUAUCAAAGUCUUACCCGGAAUCUUGAACGCUUGCAUCUUGAUCUUCGUGUUCUCCGCCAGUGUCUCCGACCUCUACAUCUCCAGCCGAACACUCUACGGUCUAGCACAUGAAGGUAAAGCUCCUCGCUUUCUCGCAAAGACCGACAGACGCGGCGUGCCUGUUCCCGCACUGGCCGCCUUUGCCGUUUUAGCAUUACUUGCCUUCAUGAACGUCUCCAGCGACUCCAAAGAAGUCUUUGGCUACUUCGUCAACUGCCUCACCGUCUUUGGACUGAUUGUCUGGUGCUGCAUUAUUCUUAGUCAUAUCAAAUUCGUCCAAGCAUGCAAAACACAAGACAUUCCUGCUCAAAGUCUUCAUUAUAAAGCACCUCUGGGCACUUGGGGAUCGUGGUUUGCACUUGCAUUCUGUGUGCUGGUUGCGCUUACGAAGAACUUCAAAGUCUUUAUUCAUACUAAGUCGACUGGAAACUUUGAUUACAAGAAUUUCAUCGUUGGAUAUAUCGCUUUUCCGGUCUUUUUGUUCGCCUUUGUAUACUAUAAAGUCGUGCACAAGACGAAGAGUGUUCCGGCCUCGGAGGCAGAUCUGUAUUCUGGAUUGGCAGAGGUGGAGUUACACGAGAAGGAAUGGGCAGAGGCUCAGAGGCAAGAUGAGUUGCGGGAAAAGAGCAUGGCAACUAAGUUUUAUAGACGCUAUAUUUCGUGGUUGUUCUGAUGGCCACGACUUCCAAGGUGGAAUAUUCUUAUGCCGCGUGGUAUAGAUAGUGUUAUAGUGAUGUACUCAGCUUAUGUUAGUCUUUUAUGAGAUAAGAAUCACGAGCCGGAUUGAUGGAUCU